AUGGUGAAUCAACUACCCAAAGAAUGGUUACAAUGGCUAUAUAAAGUAUUACAACCGGAAUAUAAGAAUCCACAAUUUACGUACCAAGAUGUGGCAAUUACUUUGCAGUCCUUUGCCUCUUUGAAAGUUAGAACAAAGAUAUAUAUCAAUGAUAAUGGAUCACAGGAUCUUCUAUUAUCGUUAUUUGGGACAAUUCCUUGCACUUAUAAUGGUACAAUCUAUCGAAUCCCCAUCGAGAUUUGGGUUCCAAAACAAUAUCCUGAUGCUCCCCCAAUAAUAUACGUCAUUCCAACAAAUGACAUGGUCAUUCACCCGGGAAACUUCAUUGACAGUAAUGGAAGAUUCUACAAUCCGUACUUGAGUGGUUGGAAAGGAUCAGAUCCAAGUCAUAAUUUAAUAAAGACUUGCAAUUUGUUGUCCGAGUGUUUUAACAGAGAGUUACCAGUAUAUGGGAAAGCAAAGCAGGUAGUCCCAUCAGUAGUACAGAGCUCACCAGAAUAUUACCAAAAUCAGCAGGCGCGACAGACACCAUUGACGCCACAGUACACUUCGAAUUCCAUUGGUGCCCCUCCUUUACCAGCUAAACCGCCAAAAGUCCCAACCAUAUCCAAAGAUAUCACAUCAAGCUUGUCAAAAUUAGACUUACACUCUACCUCAUAUAGCCUUGCAACACCAUCGCAAAAUCUGGGAUAUUUGACUAAUAUGCCGGAGGCCGGUCCUCAGCAACAGCAAGGGCAAAAGCAAGGGCAACAAUAUUAUCGUCCAGUUCCCCCAAUUCCCCAAGUACAAAUCACAAUUCCACCAAAUCCUAAAGUACAAGCUACUGUACAAAGUCAAGCUCAGCCAAGUCUGAUAGACUUGAUGGAUAGUGAUUCCACCCUAGCUCAAAAUGGUAGCGAUGAUCAUACGGAACAAUUAAAGGAUAAAAUUCAUCACACCCUAUCAAGUAUUGCAAAAUCAGAAAUUGAGCCAUAUUUUAUUUCACAAGACACAAGACUAAACGAGAUAAACCAGGUAAUAAAUCACUUUGAAUCCAUAAUACAGUAUGAGAAGGCUACUCUCAGUGGCUACAUAAAUGAUAUAAAUCAAAACCAAAAUGUUUUAAAAUCCAAAAUUGAAGAAGUCAAUAAGGUUAUUGAAGAAGCAGAAGAAUUUAAAGAACCUGAAGUUGAUGAUAUCGUGUGCGCGGAAACUACUGUUUAUAAUCAGCUUUAUAAGUUGGUUGCCGAAAUCAAAGCCAUAGAUGAUACAAUUUAUUGUUUGGCAGAGCUUCAUGAUAAAGGAAAGCUUUCUUUGGACGCAUUUAUGAAACACACCAGAUCAUUGGCUAGGGAUCAAUUUAAAAAGAAAGCUUUAGUUAAUAAAAUAAAGUUAGUUAUAUAA